AUGCAAUAUAAAAAUAUAAACAGUAGACUCGAAAAUAAUGGGAAGACAAUGUUUACACUAGACGUCACUACGGACGUCGAGGAAUAUAAAUUUGAAAUACUAAGACAGUCCCCUCAUGGAAUUCCAACAUACACAUACUUACCCUGUAAGAACUACAAAAUAGCAAGUGUGGUCGAAAAAUCUAUUCCCAUAUGGAGUCCAGCAGCCGUAGGAGAAGUAUGUACGAAAGUUACAGUAUGUACAAGAGAUGGGCCUAUCUUAGUUCACAUAAUAAAAGUCUCGCCGGAAGGGAAAGAAGCGUCAAUAUAUUAUGUAAAGCAGACGAAAUCCUGGAGAGAAGUCACAUUGAACACGUUUUAUUCGCUUUUUAACCAUUUGGCCCUGAACAAGUCUGUGUUGGAGUAUGUUACACUCAAUAUCGGUUCAGUGAUAGAUAGAACACAUUUCUCACUAAACUCAACACCAGACAAACCAUUUAAAAUUAUUGUACCAUAUCCGGGUUAUGUACUGAGUAGAGUGUUUGAUGGAAUUAACACAAUCUGGAAGAGCAGAUUCUGUGAUGACCACUGUACAUAUGUUAAUAUUUUUUACAAUAAUAAAAAGCCAUUAUUGAUACACCUGGCAAUUUCUAAAAGACGUUCAGAGGAAAGAUUAUUUUUCAAAAAGGUUUUAAUGUCAUGGAAACAAAUAGGUAAAGAUGAAUAUAUAGAGUCCUUGAAUGAAGUGGGAUUUGAUUUGACAGUAUUUAAUAAUCAUAUAACAUUUGAUUUUUCGGAUCCAGACAGGUAUAAAUUUGUGGUACAAAGAACAUUUAACAUGGAUAUAACCUCAGAAAUCUUCUCGCCGCUGCCAGGAUAUAGUGUAAAGAGAGUAGUUGAUAACGAAAAAAUAAUAUGGGAAAGUAACUCAACAGACCAGUGUAUAUUCGCAAGAUUUUAUUCAAGAAACAAAAUCCCUUUACUAUGUCAUUUAUUGGUAACUGACUCAAAAGAAAACAAAAUUCUGUAUUUUAUGAACUGUGCAGAAAAGUGGUCAUUGAUUGAUAAAAGAACGUACAACUAUGUGUUAACGAAUAAAGAUGACCCAAUAUACACACAUAGAGGAAUUAGAGUAGACAAUAAAGGUGAUCGUAAGCUGUUGAUGAGCCACUUUAGGAAUAAACAAGGACUGCUGAUUAGAACAUACUGCUGCAAAGUGGAUAACCCCAAAGGGAACAUAAUAUUAAUCCAUGGAUCGUGUGGCCAUUUUAAGUCACAGUUCUGUAGCUAUGAUAUGGACUGGCACUUCGAACGCUUUGGGUACCCAAUACUCCCAUACAUGAAGGAUUUUACAAACAUUAAGAUGGAUUCUUUUUAUAAGGAUCUGAAUUUCGAUAGUAAGACAUGUGAAGUCUACAAAGAUGUGUUUGGAUGGUCGAAGUUGGACGGAGUGGAUGCAUUUGAAAUUUCACCAAGAUUUCAAUAUUCAGGAACCUUUUUAGAAUCAUUGAAUAACAUGGGAUAUAACGUUUACGGAAUGGACUCACAGUCACAUGGACUAUCGGAAUCAGUACCAGACUCUAAAUUCUAUAUAAAUGAAUUUAAGGACUAUGUUAACGAUGUUUUACAGUUUGUAGAUAUAGUGAAAAGAGGAAACUUUGAGAGCACAAAGGAAGUGUGGAAUGAAGAUUUUGUAUACAGCGUGAGUUCAGAUAACGUGGACCUGAAGUGUUACUUAUCAGGUUUCUCACUAGGAGGAAAUAUCGCCAUACUGGCAGUACAAGAAUUCCAUAAAAACGCUAAGCCAGGAGUGAGAUUUGUAGAUGGGUUGUUUAUAUUGUCGGGAAUGCUGAACAUAGAUAAUAAUCUCGAUACAUUUGCAAAGAAAUUCACAAUAGCAUUGAUAAAAUUCACGUCCUUAAUGACACCGAGGACACAACAGAACCCAUUGGAAAAUAGCUUCCUAUUCUCAGAUUCAUUUGAAAUGUUCUCAAGAUAUAAGGAUCCUACAUUUUAUAAUGAUCGCUUGUUCUACAAAACAGUGGAGUUACUCUUUGGAGCCUGCAAAGAUAUCUUAAAGAAUAUGAAGUAUUUCCCAGAUAAACUGUCAACACUGUUUAUACACGUCUCAGACGAUCCAAUGUGCGAUGUCAAUGGGCAGAGAAAUGUAGUGUACAACUACCUCAAGGAUAAAAGUGAUGUCAAACUUGUUGAAUUAAAAGGAAAUACACAUCAUCUGGUCCUACCUCACAUCUUCCCAAAUGUAAUGCCGAUCAUAAAUGACUGGUUUCUGUCACAUUCUAGCAAAUCCUCCUUCAAAUUUAAUCCAUGA